AUGGCUGCACUGCCAAAAGAGAGAUCCACUCUCUCAUUACCGUUCUCACAUACGGGUGUCGACUUUGCUGGUCCAUUUCAGAUCAAGUCUGGCAAUUUGCGAAAUUCACCAUAUAUGAAAGGUUUCGCAUGUAUCUUUGUAUGUUUUGCUACAAGAGCCAUUCAUUUAGAAGCUUGCUCUAGUUUAACAUCAGAAGCAUUUCUAGCUGCUUUUGCACGAUUUAUAGCUAGGCGAGGAUUGCCAAAAUCAGUUAUGUCGGACAAUGGUACAAAUUUCAUAGAUAUAACAGAUAAAUAUGCAAUUAAUGGACUUGAGUGGAAGUUCAUUCCACCUAGCGCCCCGCAUAUGGGAGGUUUAUGGGAAGCUGGCGUUAAAAGCUUCAAAAUCCACUUCAGGAAAAUUGCAGGCGCACAUAAAUUUAAUUUUGAAGAGUUCUCUACUCUGCUUGCGCGAAUAGAAAGUGUUCUAAAUUCACGACCAAUAUCACGGAUGUCAGAAGACCCCGAUGACCUGCAGGCCCUUACUCCGAGUCAUUUUCUGCGCAGUGCACCUUUGGUAUUCGCGCCAGAAAUACCGCCUGACAAUUUGUCGUUAUUGAAUCGCUGGGAACGACUGAAAGCACUCCAUCAUAAAUUUGGUCAACGAUGGAAAAAUGAGUACCUUCAGGAGCUACACAAGAGGUACAAAUGGCAGAAUCCACGACGGGAUCUACAGACUGGUGAUUUCGUUAUCAUCAAGGAUGAGCUUCUUCCUCCAUGCGGCUGGAGGUUAGGCAGAAUAGAAGCCGUACACGUUGGUCGGGAUAAGCGCAAUGGAUCCAGCCCAAAACCCAGAGUUGUGCGUUGUGUGUUUUGCAUAGCACCCAUUGAGAUAUUGCAAGAUGUUCCGACAGCUGCUCAGGGGCCAAGGCAAGGACAACCACGACAGCUACGCCAACGCGCUCGCAGAAGCCUCCCCAACCCUCCUCAACAGAGAGCUCAACAGCGGUUGGAUGACCUCCGUCAACGCCUACAACAACAGCAGCAGGUUAUCCAACAGCAACAACAACAGCUACAGCAGCAACAACGCCAACGACAACAACGGCAACGACAACAACUACAGCAACAAUCUCAGCGGCAGCCACAACGUCGCCAACAGCAACUGCCCCGACCCCAACAACGACAGCGCCAACAACUUCAACCACAAGCCAUAGCCGUUCCUCAGCCUGCGGCAGCGCCAGCCUCAACCCAGGGGCUGGUCAAUCAAAUUGUUUCAGCCCUCAGCCAACUGACAGGGUCCACAAUUGCACCAGUGCAAGGAGGCCGGCAAGUCGAAGUCCGGUUAGGUCGCGUUGAAGACGAUUUGAUCGAUCUCCAUGACGAUCUUAUCGACUUCGACGACGGUCUUACCGACCUUGACUGA